AUGGCGUCGAAGAGAACGCUUUCAAUGCUGAUCUUUCUUUUGCGCUGGUUCCUUUCUUACUUCGACCUCACCGCCCUCGUUUCGUGUUCCGCCACCACCACUGCCCCCACCAUCCCGAGCACCACUUCCACCACCGACCCCAUCAAUACGACCAUGCAUCUCACCGCUCUGCUCGGGCUGUGCGCCUCUACAGCGUCCGCGAUCAAUCUCUAUGUGUCCGACUACGCCGGCAAUGUCACAACCCUCGAGUUCCUGCAAGAGUCCUCCGGCAAUUACUCCCUUAAGCCUACAUAUGUCAACCCAGGCUGCGCACCGAAUCCGUCGUGGCUGACUCUCGACUCGCACUCUCGUCUCCUCUUCUGCGCGAACGAGGGUCUCAGCAGUGCCAAUGGCUCGCUUACAACAUUCACCAUCAACUCGAAUGGAAGUCUGACCUCCCUCUCCAACACAACAACACUCUCCGGUCCAGUCUCCGCGGUCGUGUAUGGAGACACUCACGAUAAAGCCAUCGCUCUGGCACACUACUCCGGCUCCGCAGUCUCCUCCUACCUCCUCCGCGACUCGAAACCCGCAUUCUCCCACCAAUUCCCAUUCACCCUCCCCCAUCCCGGCGUCGACCCCGAACGUCAAGACGCACCCCACGCCCACGAAGUCCUCACCGACCCAACCGGCCAAUACCUUCUCUCUCCUGAUCUCGGCUCCGACCUCAUCCACGUCUUCGCCAUCAACCCCGAAUCCCUCGCCCUAACACCCUGCAAAUCCAUACCCGCCACUCCCGGCUCCGGUCCCCGCCACGGCGUCUUCUACAACCCCACCGGCUUCCCCAACGCCGGCGGCAAAACCUACUUCUACCUCGUCGAAGAACUCUCCGGCCACAUCUCCAGCUACGAAGUCAGCUACCUCCCCAACCAAGGCGGGCUCUCCUUCACCGGACCCCUCCAAUCCGAAAACGCAACUUGGCUCUUCAACGUCCCCGGCCGCAACGCACCAGCUGAAAUCGAAAUCUCCCCCGACAACCGUUUCCUCAUCGUUUCCAACCGUAACUCCACCGCUUUCACGCUGCCUACUAUCGGCGACUCGGAUAGCAUCUCAACCUGGGCUCUCGACCCAAAGACAGGAGCUUUCAAUUUCCUCCAACUCUGGCCUUCAAGCGGUGCGUUUCCGCGACACUUCUCCAUCAGCAAGACGGGGCAGUUCGUCGCGGUGGGAUUGCAGAGUAUCCAGACGGUUGCGAUUUUGCAGCGAGAUGUCGCGACUGGACUGAUCGGCGAGCCGGUUGCGAGGGUGGAGGUUAGUGGGAAUGUGACGGCGGUGGUUUGGGAUGAUGAGUGGACGGGGAUGGGAUGGGUGGGUUAG